AUUACAAAGGAAUUUUUAAUCAUUUUGAAUGUGUAACAGAAUUAAGCGAGCGUACGUGAUAGAAGCAAAGAACGAUUACAGCCUUGCUAUGAAAUGCCGAAAAAAUGGGUUAAUGAAUUAUUGCAAGCAAAUUACGAAAGCAACCGUUAGUCUGAAAUCCCAUACAAAUGAAAGUAGACUCUGUGUGCAAGAUAUCAGUUUAUUCAAUUUUUUUCAUAGUCGUCUCCAGUGUUCUAUAUCCCAUCGCAAUCUUAUUUACUUCUAGAGAACUACAAUUAAGGAAAAGGUUUACCAACCUGUUGCCAUGAAGAUGCAGACGACGGAAUCUUAGCAAGUGGCACGCGUGUUCUCAAGUCUCAAGUCCUCUUCCAAGAAGUCAUGAAUCAAGGAAAUGUAAAGCACCAAGAUAUCGGCAAACUCAUGGAAUUUAUUUUAAAUGAAGACAAAAUGGACAUUCAGCCCUUCCUGUGGAGUAGUAAUGUAAAGCUGGAGACCUUUAGAAAGUCGGGUUCGCAAACAGCAGUGUUCAGGUGAAGAAGGACAUCGGAGUUUACGAACAAAUAGCCGUUAUGAACCGAGCUAUAAUUUUCGUAGUGUUUGUGUUCUUUCACAAGAUAGGAUGUUAUUACCAAGUCAGAGCAUCUAGUUGCGUUGCUACUGACGGUUCUUGUACAUGGACAGAGCCAAUCACCUGCAAAAGUCCGGAAACAUUAUGUACAGCGGAAGCCGAGUGCCUUGUUGUUACUAAAUCCAUCAAUUCAUCCUAUCCGCUGGAAUUGGCUGCUAACCAGCAGUUCCAAUGUAGAUGUCUAUCUGGGAAUUCAGGGAGCUGUAAACCAUACCAGUUUGAUACCACAUUUUCCGUUCAGUUGAAUUGCACAACGUUUAGUUCGACUAGCAACUCCGUAAUUAUUCCGGCCUCAUCGUCGCCCAACUCGUCCACCAUUGUUUACGCCGAAAUGUGGAGAUGCCCUGCCGAAGACGAUACCAUUAUCCAGUGCUCGUCAGGAAGGGCAAGUAUCAAAGACGAAUAUAAAUGCAAUGGGAUUUCCCAGUUGCUUCCAAAUGUAUUGGCUCUAGUGCGUUUCUGGUGCCAAUAUAAGCAAAAGGAUUGUCGAUUCGAUUCAUCGCUGAUUCUUUCUCAUACCGGGACACCGACAACUUCACCUUCACUCCCGUCGAAUUUCGUUUUUGAAUGGGAGAGAGGCACACGUAACGGAGCACAAUUCGGUUGUGGCAAUUCUUCUCUGUCCACGUUAGCGGGAGAUUCUUGCUACAGGCUGACACCAACAAACCUUGGAUGGCAAAACGCUCGAUCGUAUUGUCUUCAGCUUGGCGGUGAUUUGGCUCAUUUCACUAUUCAAAUCGACUUUGCUUCCAUUUUACGUCGUUUGGACAACUCUAUUCCAUCGAAUAUCACAGCAUCAACAGCUAUCCCCAUCUGGUUCAAAUGGUAUAUUUGGACCGGAGAACAGCGAACGCCGCAGCACUUUAUGGAAUAUACCAACGCGUUCCAGUGCGCGGUUUACGACUUUUUGUUGCCUGACGACGGAAUUAAUCCACAGGCUGACUGCUAUACUGGUACAAAGACGAAAAAAGUCCGUGGAUUGUGUGUCUUAUCGCCGAGCUUUCCAUCGGAGAAUUUCGAAUACGAACAACUUUUCUGUCCGGCCAGAUGUGGCGUAGCCGGAUACCCACCAGAUUUUUGUUGGGAGGAAACAAUAGCUGAUACCCAAGUUAUCAAAAAUUGUCCAUCAAAUUUCAAAGGUGAAGCAAGUUGGAUUUGUGGUUCCGAUGGUCAAUGGGUGUCAUCAAGUCCUGACCUCAGCAAAUGCUCUAACCCGGUUGUUGAAGAUUCCAUCAACCAAGCCAACAAUGAGAUUGUCAAUGGCGACAAUCCCAGCAGUUCACUGAAUUCCCUUACCAGUGUAGUUAAAACAAAUGAGUUAGCUUCAGGCAAUGUUAUUCAGCUACAGCAGACAGUCGUGUUAGCCAUCAAUAGACAAAGCGAGCUAAUUACUGAAAAUCCGGACCCCGUUUCACGAGAAGCUACAAGCAAAAAUUUCACGAACUCUGUCAUCGACCUCAACGAUGUGAUGAUGAACAGUACCUCAUCGUUUUGGGGUUUGGAAAUCGAUACUCGUACUGAAGUUAUCAAUCAGAUACAAAUGAACGUGGACGACACCUUAGUUCUUUUAGCUGAAAAUCUUCUCGACAACAUUUAUUUGUACAUGGGAGAAAGUUCUCAGAACUUAGCCAUACAAGUGGAGAACAUAGCAGAAGAAAACUACAAUAACGAAACUUACACUUACAUGGUAGGAAAUAAUGACCAACUGAUCCUUCCGGCCGGGUAUCUUUAUGCAACCAACGAUACAAAUACCAGUCUCUCGUUUGCAACUUAUUCAGCAUUCCAGGAUCUUCUGUAUGGCGACACUUUGGCGCUAUUGUUCGAAGAGAAUCAAACAGUUCCUGUGCCGAUAAGACAAGUAGUGGUGUCGAAGACGAUGGGUGCAACAAUUGGUGAAUCUAACGGAUCUAUCCAAUUCGUUGAUGGCAAGGUCGAAAUUUUGCUCAGCACGUUGAAUCGGAAUCUUUAUGAAGUUAAUGCGACGAGUGCAACGUGUGCCUAUUGGAACGCUUCGUUGCAAGAUUGGUCGUUUGAUGGAUGUGAAGUGAUCUAUGCUAACGAUGAAUCAACUAGAUGCCAGUGCGAUCACCUGACCAAUUUUGCUGUUCUGAUGGAUAUUAACGGCAUUUUCCAAAACUCAACUAUACUUGCUUUAGACUACAUUACCGUUGUUGGCGAGAGCAUUUCAAUUGUUUGCUUGGCAAUGGCUAUCGUAGUUUUUUACUGGGUGCGAACUCUACAACGCGAUUUCCGUUUUACCAUUCAUCGAAAUUUAUGCUGGAACUUAUUGAUUGCCGAAAUUCUCUUGCUGGCUGGUGUUGAUGCAACAUAUAAUCCGGAUCUCUGUCUAUCAAUCGGCGUCUUCCUGCAUCUGUUUUUCUUGUGUGCAUUCGGUUGGAUGUUUAUUGAGGGUCUUUACAUGUAUUUGCUUCUUGUUAAAGUUUUCCCGGGAAACGGAUUAAAACUCUGGCAGUACUACAUAAUCGGUUAUGGAUCGCCCGUCUUGGUUGUGGCAAUCACCUUGGCAGCAACUAGUACCGAAGCUUACAAGAACUCUUCAUAUUGCUGGCUGAGUUACGAAAACGGUGCAAUAUGGGCCUUUGCUGCACCAGUAUUAGCAGUAAUAUUGGUAAACAGCGUGUUCCUAAUGGUGGCUCUCAUGAUUACCUUCAAAACAAGGCAUAACGCGUCUGGAAAUACAGACAACUAUCGAUGGGUCUUGGGUACUGUCUCUUUGACAUUUAUUCUGGGCAUUACCUGGUUGUUCGGUUUCCUAUUCUUCGGCCAAGAACCAGGCCAAGGCAUCGUUUUUGCCUACAUCUUUACAAUCUUGAACUCGUUGCAAGGAUUUUUUAUUUUCAUCUCAUUUUGUUUUCUCAACAAACAAGUCCGCACUGACUUACAUCGACAAAUUGUCAAUCAUCCGAUAUAUCAGCGUCUGUCCGAGAACUUUCACUUUGACUGGAGCGACUUGAGGGCCAGACUAGCGCCAAACACUGGUCAUUACAACGUAAUGGGAAGAACAAAUUCAACGUCGAACAGCAGUCAGUCGACUGUGCAAUCCAUCCAAUUGCAUUCGACGAAUUCGUCUAGCUUUUAACGAGAAAAAAGCUCAAAAGCUAACUGAAAGAAAUAAGUUUCAUGUGAUGAUUAUUAAAUGUUCUAUCGUGUAUCUUCCAUACUUUCAGAAUCCAAGCUCCCCAACUACUUGAAUUUAAAACGCCCAUACAAUAUUAUGAGUCUUAGGGUUUAGAAUAAAAUUUUCAGGAAAUCUUUA